AUGUACCACGCUGGUAUUGGCAUGUUUUUUAAACACGCUACACGUGAAGAGCUUCAUUUAGCAGCUUUAGAUGAGGAUAAAGAUGAAGUGGAGUCACCUUUUGUAUGGUCUACAAUGUUUAAACAAGCCUGGGAGGCACAUCCGAAGGAGCACGAUACUAUUAUGAUGUUCGGUAAACCGACAAAGCUUCCACGAUUCCAGCAGUUGUGUGGUGAAAUGGGGAGCUACAGAUACUCUGGCAAGACAUUUGAAGCACAGAAAAAUUAUCCGCAAGGUUUGAGGCACGCUAUUAAGCACCUGCAGCGAAUUGUACAAGACCCCAGUACUCUACGAACAAGACUCACUGGAGGUCUCGUGAACUGGUACAAAAAUGGAGAUCACUACAUUGGUCCUCACGCCGACGAUGAGCGUGACAUGAUGGCAUGCUCUCCUAUUGUUUCAUUGUCACUAGGAGCUACGAGGCGGUUCGUUUUCACAAAGAAGACUUCAAAAUGUGCUGUUAAAGACGAUGAAGCUGUGAAACGAAUGGAGUUGCAAAUAAAGGACGGCGACUUGAUGAUCAUGGGUGGCGCGACGCAAAGAACCCACAAGCACGCGGUACCAAAGAUGACUCAAUGUCGUGAGCCAAGAAUCAGUGUCACCUUGCGCUGCUUUCAUUAG